UGAUCAAGUAAUUUCGUCUAAUGAAAAUAGUCCGUUCAGAGUGGUUGGAAGCAUUGAGAUUGUGAUGGACACCAGUUCCUGGCUGUACUAUUUUAUGCUCCUACCUAGCACUCUGAUUGUGUUUGUCAUCUGCCUUUUUCUGCGCUGGAUGGGCCUCAAGUUUUUCAGACAUAAUUGAGCUGAUUUCACAUAUUUCACCAGUAUUGUUAUUGUUUUUGAUACAAAGUUUACCUUCAACAUGGAAGAAGGCUUGUUUCAACGUAGCCUAGACAUUGACCAAUCACAGAGCUCGUAUGAGUCUAUGGAGCAAUCAGAAUUCAGUUUACCGUCAAAUGACCAAUCAGAAUCUGGCAUAUUCACUUCUAAGGGAGAUAACUCAGACACAGACGAGGAGGAGAAGGAAUCAUACUAUUUUGAGUCCGACCAUGUGGCAUUGAAAGACAAUAGAGACUACCAAGUACUUUUGAGGACCAUUGCCUUGUUAGAAGCCCAGAGAAUACAGGCUGUACAUGACCUUGACAAGCUGUAUGAAGGUCGUCAGGAGGCCCUAGCAGAUCCAAUCCAGUUUGUGCAGAAACUUCAGCGGGGCCUCAACCUUGGACUUCCCACGCCACAAAAAAUUGCGGAGCUUCCAAAGAUAGCUUGGGACAAGUACACGAGUACCCUGGAUUUCUCAUCAUUUGGCAGUCAUCGUCACAUGACCAGGCUAAAGAAACAGUUAAAGGAAGGGAAUGGGCAGGAGCCUGAGGAUGUCAAGGUCAAGUCAAUGACCUUUGAUGGUGAGGACAAAGCUUUGAUAAGGGGUCGUAUCAAAACUGAGGAAAAGCCAGUAACAUUUAACCAGCUGUGGACUGCAGAGGAACAGAAAAGGCUUGAGGAGCUACUUAUAGAGUUUCCUCCAGAGGAAGUGGAGUCUAAACGGUUCCAGAAGAUUGCUACUGCCCUUGGUAACAGAACACCCCUGCAGGUGCAGAGUCGAGUUCAGAAGUACUUUAUAAAGCUUGCAAAGGCUGGUCUCCCCAUUCCUGGACGUAUACCUCACUCUGUCAAUUUUAAGAAAAAGAUAGGACAGCGUCAGCAGCCACGCUACAAUCACAUGUAUCAGAAUUCAACGUUUCUCACAUCCUUCACCCCUCCUGUGUUCAUGGAUGACGACGAUUACUCGCGUGGCUACGAGGAAAGCGUUACCUCGGCAACUGAACCCUGGCAAGAUGAUGACGAUGACCGCGUUUCUGAUGAGGAAGGGGUGCCCAUAGAAUUACGAGGUACUCGUGAGUACCAGGAACUGAUGAGGCUGAAACACUUGAAAAAGAUGAAGACUCGGGCAAGUGGGCUCUGUAAAACUGAACAUGUUGGUUUCAAGUGUGACAGUUGUCAAUGUGAGCCAAUUGUGGGCACUAGGUGGCACUGUACGGACUGCCCACCCGAUGAUGCUGUCGACUUCUGUGACAACUGUGUGGAAAGUGGCCAUGAGACAUCGACACACAACUCCAGUCACAGGCUGCACCCGAAACGAAAUGCCGAGGGCUUCAACGAUACCGACUACAUGGGUUUUAUGCCUGGCGGAUACAACUAUCUCGAUCCUAACUACAUGCCGGCCACCUAACUAAACUUAUCAUCUAAUCUGUUUUGUCCUUGUUUGUUUGCAUUUGUGCAAGUACAUGUUUGGUGUAACAGAAAAUACAUGUCCUAAAAUGCUG